AUGCUGAUCGUGCCGCCCGCGCAGUUUUUAUCAAGCAACCUCAAUUCGAAUGCCUUGAAAUGGGAUGAUGAACUCGAAGCUCAUCAUUCUUCGGUCCCAGUAUGGAGGCAACGCAAGAUGAUCCCGCGGCGCAAGCACAACGCGUCGUCCGUCUCGCUGCCGCCGGACGACAAGCACGCCAGCAGCGACUACAUAUUGUCAGACGGCGGCCCGCGGGAGGGAUGCUGCAUGGCGCUGCGUCGCCGCUUCAAUCGCAAGACCUUGCACAAGCGGCUGCCCAUCACGGCCUGGUUACCACAGUACAAUGCAGAAAAGGCCGUAGGUGAUCUAAUAGCUGGUAUCACCGUGGGGCUGACCGUGAUCCCGCAGUCGCUGGCCUACUCUAACAUCGCGGGACUGCCUCCGCAGUAUGGACUCUAUGGCUCGUUCUUGGGCUGCUUCAUCUACAUAUUUCUAGGCGGUUGCCGUGCUGUCCCGGCAGGACCCACCGCCAUUGCAUCACUACUUACGUUUCAAGUUGCCGGCGGCGUAAUCGAGAAGGCCAUCCUUCUUAACUUUCUCACCGGGCUUGUAGAACUGUUAAUGGGUGUCCUUGGCCUCGGCUUCCUUAUAAACUUCGUGUCGGGGCCGGUAUCCUCGGGCUUCACGUCAGCAGUGGCCCUCAUGAUCGCCACGUCGCAGAUCAAGGAUCUGUUCGCUAUUCCUGUCACCGGCGGCACGUUCUUGCAGCAAUGGAUUUCCAUAUUCCGCAAUCUGCACAGCGCCUCACUGUGGGACCCCGUACUCGGGUUUAUAUGCAUCGCCUUACUGCUGCUUAUGAGGAAAAUUGGUAUGAUCAAAUUGGGGUCUAGAGAGGAAUGUGGGCCGAGUACGCGCCAGAAGGUGCUCACCAAGUGUUUAUGGAUGGUGGGCACAUGUCGCAAUGCUAUUGUUGUGGUUGUCACCGGCUCGCUCGGAUACUGGUUCGUGUCGAUGCACGGCUCCUCCCCGGUACGACUCAUGGGUGCUAUUCCGUCGGGAGUGCCGAUGCCGCAGCUACCGCCGUUCAGUUACGUGCGCGCGGACAACAGCACGGCCGACUUCUUGGAGAUGUUGUCGGAGCUGGGCUCCGGCGUGCUGGUGAUCCCCCUGAUCGUACUGCUGGAGGACAUCGCCAUUUGCAAGGCGUUCUCGGACGGGCGCACUAUCGACGCCACCCAGGAGAUGAUUGCGCUGGGUGUGAUGAACGUGUUUAACUCCUUCAUGCAGGCGUACCCUGGUGGCGGCUCACUAGCGCGCUCCGUCGUCUCCAAUGGCUCCGGAGUAAAGACGACCUUCAACGGGAUCUACACGGGUGUCAUAGUGAUAUUGGCGCUGCAGUUCUUCACGCAGUAUUUCGAGUUCAUCCCAAAGGCGGCGCUCGCUGCAGUAAUUAUCUCCGCCAUCUUGUUCAUGGUGGAAUACGAUGUCGUGAAGCCAAUGUGGCGCGCCAAAAAGUUGGACCUGGUGCCGGGUGUUGGCACAUUCGUGCUGUGCCUGACGCUGCCCAUCGAGCUCGGCAUCCUUACCGGCGUUGUUGUUAACAUCAUCUUCAUCCUGUAUCACGCUGCGAGGCCCAAACUCUCCGUCGAGAUGCUCAAGACGGAGGGAGGCGUGGAGUACCUGAUGAUCACGCCCGACCGCUGCCUGAUGUUCCCGUCGGUGGAGUACGUGCGGCGGCUGGUGAAUAAGUGCGCGGCGGGCGGCGACGUGCCCGUGGUGCUGGAGUGCACGCACAUCUACAGCGCCGACUACACCGCCGCCAAGAGCAUCGAGCAGCUCACAGCCGACUUCCACGCUCGCCACCAGCCGCUCUACUUCUACAACGUGAAGCCGUCUGUGUGCUCCAUCUUCGAGGCGGUGGCCAAACCCGAGCACUUCGUGGUGUUCUACGAGGACGACGAGCUGGACCGCCUGCUGGCCGCCGACGGCCGCGCGCCCCCCGCGAAGCCGCCGCCUCUGCCCUGA